AUGUCGGUUAUCGGCAUUCCGCUCCUCACGAGUUGUCACGCUGACAGGUCUUGAGGAGAGGAGAGACGGUGAUCAGCAUUCCUCAAAGGGGACAGCUACACUGCCCUGAUCAUCAGUAUAGCCCCAUCAGUGCCACCUGUCAGUGUCCAUAAAUGCCACAUGUCAAUGCCCAUCAGUGCACAUCAAUGUCACAUAUCAGUGCCUACCAGUGCACAUCAAUGCCACAUAUCAGUGCCGAUCUGAAUUGCCUUUCAGUGACAACUAUCAGUGGCAGUCAGUGCCACCUAUCAGUGUCAGUCAGUGCUGCCAAUCAGUGUCACAUAUCAGUGUCGCCUAUCAGUGCCAGUCAGUGCUGCCUAUCAAUGCCCGUCAUCAGUGCAGCCUAUCAGUGCCCAUCAGUGCCGCCUAACAGUGCCAGUCAGUGCUGCCUGUCAGUGCCAGUCAGUGCUGCCUAUCACUGCCACCUAUCAGUGCCAUACAUGAGUGCUGCCUUUCAGUGCUCACCAGUGAUGCCUGUCAAUGCCCAUCAG